UUAUGAUGAUAAAGUAUGAUAAAAUGUUUUUUCUGGCAGCUGAUAUUUUAAAACUUUAUUUAAAUUAAAUUAAAUUUAGUUUUUUUACACAUUAACUAUCUGUAGGCAUUUAAAAGUAUUGACAGACAAAUAAGAAACCAGAAUAUACAGCUUGUUUGGUGGUUUUUCAUCCUCAUUGUGUUUCCUGGACACACACACACUCAGAUACUGUAUAGAAUAUUUUUUAUUCCUUUGGCACAAACAGCUUUAUUGAUUCAAGUGUCAAUGUGUAUUUCUUUCAUGGAAAAUUUAUGGAUUUCCUUUAGAGCCUGAGGAGCUUGCUUUUGCAAGCUUACUCUAUGGAUCGGCUUGUAAAUGUAUAUCUAUCUAUCUAUCUAUCUAUCCAUCUAUCUAUCUAUCUGUAUACACACAUAUAUAAUAUGAAGAAAUGCAUUCUCUGAACUCAGGCUAAAAAACUAUUUACAUUAUAAUUACAUAAUCUUAAAGUGAUGAUGAAACAUUAUAAAAGGAUUUGAACUUAAUGAAUUCUUUUGUAUUGGAUUAAAGAGAAAAUGGAGGUAGCAAUAAAUAUUUUUUCUUCCAAAUUCUCUUCCACUAGAGGAAGACACUGCAGCUGAAAGCUAAACACGGGACCAUCCUAUAUCCGUCAUGCAAAGGACCAAUGCAACUACUCUGACUCCAGUUUCAUUCAUCCUGAAUGGAGUUCCAGGACUAGAGGACAUGCAUAUCUGGAUCUCCCUUCCAUUUUGCUCCAUGUACAUUGUGGCCAUGGUGGGAAACUGUGGGCUACUCUGUCUUAUUCAUUAUGAGGAUUCCCUCCAUAAGCCUAUGUAUUUCUUCCUUGCAAUGCUUUCUUUCACUGAUAUCAUAAUGUGUUCAAGCACACUGCCUAAUACUCUUGGCAUCUUCUGGUUUAACCUCAAAGAAAUUGAUUUUAUUGCUUGUCUGACCCAGAUGUUCUUUAUCCACACCUUCACAUUGAUGGAGUCUGGAGUCCUUAUGCUCAUGGCUUUGGACCGCUACGUGGCCAUCUGCUAUCCACUGCGCUAUGCCACCAUCCUCACCAAUCCUAUCAUUGCCAAUGCUGGGUUUAUUACAUUCUUAAGGGGAGUGAUACUUGUUAUCCCCUUCACUUUACUCACUAAGCGACUGCCCUACUGCCGAGGAAAUGUCAUCCCUCACACAUAUUGUGACCACAUGUCUGUGGCCAAGGUUUCCUGUGGCAAUGUUAAAAUCAAUGCUGUGUAUGGUCUCAUGGUUGCCCUCUUGAUUGGGGGCUUUGAUAUUCUCUGUAUCACAGUGUCCUACACCAUGAUUUUGAGGGCUGUGGUCAAACUGUCAUCUGCAGAUGCUCGACAGAAAGCCUUUGGGACAUGUACAGCUCAUAUAUGUGCCAUUGUAUUCUCCUAUACCCCAGCUUUCUUUUCAUUUUUUACUCACCGCUUUGGGGGUCACAGGAUCCCCCACUCUCUCCACAUUAUCAUUGCCAACAUCUACCUCCUCCUGCCUCCAACUAUGAACCCCAUUGUUUAUGGUGUGAAAACCAAGCAGAUCCGGGAUUGUGUUAUAAGGUUUUUUGUGGGAUCCAAGGAUACCAAGUCCCAUAACAUCUGAAUCAGAACCCUACUGAUGAAGACAGUAUUGUCUUCAUGAUGAAGAACCAUACUUAUGGAGACAGGAAAUAUUAUUCUUUUCUGUGUUGGAAGAACUAAAUGAUUUUUGACCCUUUCUCUUGAUUUAUUCUGCCUUGACACUAUUGUUCUGUUAAGAUUUAUCUUUUUUUUUUUGUCUAUCUAAAGCCAGUAUCAGCAUAUAGUGUGAAGACUAGAGAUUUUGACAUUGAGAAUGGUAUAGGAUAAUGGACAGUGAUCAAACUUCAAUUCAUUGAUUAAUUAACUUUCUUGAAGUCCAAGGAUUAUGUCAAUAAACUUAUUUGAAUGACUCUUUAUGAAGGUAGUAUAAUAGUUCAAAAUUCAUGAAAACAGGAAGUAUGUGUGGUGGCUAUAGUGGGAAGACAAAAAUGAGAAUCAGAACUAACUAUAAAUGUCUUAGCAACUCAUUAUAUAUCUCUUUAAGUGACUAAUAAACAAAAAAAGUUUAUCUAAAAGCUUCUAUUGCUUAUAAAGAGCCUUCUCC